AUGUCGGCACAGUGUGAAUCCUGCAUUAGAAUUCGUGCAAAUGGAAGCAUCCAUUAUAUAAUAAUGUGUGUGUAAUAUAUGAGCUUAUAUACCUUGCUUCUCAAUUUCUGCGAACUGCUGCGAGAUUUGUAAAAAUGUCUAUUAGUAAAAUAAUUAUACGAACUUUUUCUGCGUCGACUGUCACGCAGCAGCUCGUGAAGCCUCCAAUACAAGUUUUUGGAUUAGAGGGCAGAUAUGCGACGGCUCUUUUCUCAGCUGCAUCCAAACAGAAAGUUUUAGAUGCAGUGGAAAAGGAUUUGGCCACCUUUCAGGGUCUUUUGAAAACAGAUACCAAAUUAAUAGAAUUUGUAAAGGAUCCUUCAAUAAAACGAAAGGAUAAGGUGGAAGCUUUUAAGGCUAUUGGAAAUAAGGUUAACAUAAAUCCAGCUACUGCAAAUCUGUUGACAUUACUUGCAGAGAAUGGCCGACUGGCAAAAAUCAACCAAAUCAUCAAUUUGUAUAAACUGAUUAUGGCUGCUAACAGAGGAGAGGUGGUGUGUGAAGUUAUUACUGCAAAACCACUUGAUGCAGAUACAACGGGUAAACUGGAAUCAGCUUUAAAGGGUUUCCUGAAGAAAGGUCAAACUAUCUUACUCACUGCCAAAGUAGAUCCUUCAAUUAUUGGUGGCAUGGUGGUCUCGAUAGGUGACAAAUAUGUAGAUAUGAGUGUCGCUAACAAAAUAAAAAAGUACACUGAUCUCAUCCAAGUCACAGCAUAAUCAAGGUCAGUUAUGAAGUAAUGAAAUAAAUUAUCCUUUACUUACACAGAAACAUAUUUAAAUGUUGUAUAAAUGAUCAAACAGUAAAUAAAUGAUAUAAUAAAUUAGUGUAAUU